AUGGAAGAGCUAGAUGCCUUGUUGGAGGAACUGGAAUACUCUACCUUCCAGGAAAGUGAUGAAUACUCCAAGGCAGCUUCUCCUCCCCUGUAUCAGCAUUCCAGAAAGGAGAGUAACCUUGCUGAGACUUCAAAGGUCCCUUCCGUUCCUGAUGACACGAAUCCCUUUCCGGUGCAGCUUGUGUAUACUACCGAAAUCCAGGGACCCAACGUCUACAGUGAGAUUCGAGACCCAAAGGAAUCGCCACCAGCUUCUAAAACCUCAGCAGCCUCACAGUUGGAUGAGCUGAUGGCCCAACUCUGUGAGAUGCAGCAUCAGGUUGCAGCGAAAGCAGAUGCCAGCAAGAAACCCGUAUCCGACAAGCAGGAUCACAAGGCCUCCCUGGACUCCAUGCUGGGGGGCUUGGAGCAGGACUUGCAGAACCUGGGGAUUGCCACAGUACCCAAGGGCCACUGUGCCUCCUGCCAGAAGCCGAUCGCUGGGAAGGUGAUCCACGCGCUGGGGCAGGCGUGGCAUCCCGAGCACUUCGUGUGCGCCCACUGCGAAGCGGAGAUCAGCUCCAGCCCCUUCUUCGAGCGGAGCGGCCUGGCCUACUGCUCUGAGGACUACCACCGCCUCUUCUCCCCGCGCUGUGCGUACUGCGCCGCCCCCAUCCUGGACAAAGUGCUGACGGCCAUGAAUCAAACCUGGCACCCCGAGCACUUCUUCUGCGCUCACUGUGGAGAGGUGUUCGGUGAAGAAGGCUUUCACGAGAAGGACAAGAAGCCGUAUUGCCGGAAGGACUUCCUGGGCAUGUUCGCACCCAGAUGUGGGGGCUGCAACCGGCCAGUGGUGGAAAACUACCUUUCAGCCAUGGGCACCGUCUGGCACCCAGAGUGCUUCGUGUGCGGGGACUGCUUUACCGGUUUUUCUACCGGUUCCUUCUUUGAACUGGACGGGCGUCCCUUCUGUGAGCUCCACUACCAUCAGCGCCGAGGAACCCUCUGCCACGGGUGCGGACAGCCCAUCACGGGCCGCUGCGUCAGCGCCAUGGGCUACAAGUUCCACCCCGAGCACUUCGUGUGCGCUUUCUGCCUGGCGCAGCUGUCCAAGGGGGUCUUCAAGGAGCAGAAUGACAAGACCUACUGUCACCCCUGCUUCAACAAGCUCUUCCCGGUGUAA